UCACCAAGGCGCAGUAUUAGCUAACACACGGACCUCCAGCAGCAUGCAGCAGUGCAGCUGCAGAGAGCCAACAGGCCGUUGAUUUGCUGCGUGCGCGAGAUCUGGACACGGUACAAACUGUUUCAGCCACCGCCAACGUAAGUGACCCAAACCGCUGGACUGUCUAUUUUUAGCUAACAACUUUUUCUGUGAAAAGCAACCGUGAAUUGCAAACAAAAUUUCAAGAAAAUGAGGCUCAAAAUCAAGAGGGAAAACAUCAAUGCAUUUUAAGUAAACUUGGUGAAAAAAGAAUCAACAAAACUAAGUGAAUCAUCGGACAAAAUGUGAUUUGAGUCAAGGUGGAAAUCAUCAUUGUUUUAUGUUGCUCUCACGUGUAACUUUGAUGCCAAGGAGGGCAUCCAGUCACAUUACCAGCGAAGAUGAGAUUUCAUCCUCGUUGCCAUGGAAGCAAUAUUGAACUCACAGAGGAGGACACGAGAGCAACUCGCGUAAACAGUUUCAGCCACGCGAUUGUGUACAGCAACCGACCCCUCUCCGCGGGGCAGAAGAUUUCGUUUGAAUUCUGCAAGUACGAGACGUGCUGGAAUGGAGCGCUACGAGCAGGUUUGACCAAUCGGAAUCCGGAUAGCAUUGACCCAGGUGCCUUACCCCAGUAUCUACUGCCGAACCCCACAGAGCAACAUGUACCUGGAACGUGGGCCAAGCCACUCCCAGAAGACAAGGCAAAGACAGAGAAUCUCUUCUCAUUUUUCUACACGGAGGAGAGAGUGGUGCAGUUCUUUAUAAACAAUGAACAUCUGCAACAAUAUGAAAUACCGGACAAUUCGGUUGACAUUAGUAAACCAGUUUGGGUUGUGCUGGAUCUCUAUGGAUGGACUGUGUCUAUAAGAUGUGUUCAACCAAUUCAAGAUGACGUCCCAUCAGAGGUGAUCUCCCGGGGGCCAGAAGCAACAGCGGCGUUUCAAGUUGCUGCUAAUUCUGGAACUAAGGCGGUACAUCGCACGCGCUUGAUGAUCAUUGGGCAGGCUGGAGCGGGAAAGACUAGUCUCAAGAAAAAUCUACUGGGGCAAAGAUGCGAGACUGAGGAGACAUCAACAAGCGGAAUUGACGCUACCCAUCUCUGCCACAUCCUUAAUAAAGAUGGAGCUCACAUCUGGCAGGAACAGCCCAUAGAAAAGUCGGACCUGGAAAAAGCCACGCUCGAUGAAUCCAGAGAAAUAGAAGAGGAGUACGCCAAGACUAUAGCUCUCAACAUCGCCCAUGAGUUCUUAAGACGACAGAAGACCGAUAAGAAUCUUAUCAUUGAGGAUGAGAGAGGGGCUGCGGAGAUGGAAGAUGCAGGCAAAGAAACUACUGAGAAAGGAGCCAAGGAGGAGGGGGAGAGGAGUGAUGGGUUGAUCAAGGAAAAGGAGGUUGUGGCAGAUGAGGAAGACGAGGACAAGCACGAAGCAGAAGUUAUUAGUGAUCUGGAGGUGACUGAUUCAAACCGCAUGUUUGAGAUUGACUCCUCCGACAUGAGUGACAACAAAGAAACCCCUCCCACCAGAGACCCCACCCUUGAAGAGUUCACCGCCUCCCUAGACAAGGUGUUGGCCGAGAGGGUGGCAUUCCUCGUCGACGAAUAUCUGAAGAAGAGCGAGAAGAUGGAAAAUGACCUGAAGGAGAGACAUCAGGAGGGCAGUAGGAGCUGCAUCGAUCUCAGUAUAUGGGACUUCACUGGCCAGUCUAUGUACUAUACAUUACAUCAGGUUUACCUGUCGUCGAGAGCCAUAUACCUCUUGACCUUUGACCUUUCCAAGGACCUUGAGGCAUCAGUGGAGACCCGCUCUGAUACCUGUCAUGAGCAGGUGGAAUGGAGUCAGGGCAAGUUCACUAACCUCAACUACCUAGACUUCUGGCUGAGAUCAAUCCAUGCUCACACUGCCAAGAAUGCCUGCAACGCCCCUCAUAACACCGCUCUGUCUCCUCCGAUAUUCAUCGUUGGGACGCAUAAAAAUAGUCUGGGAGCAGACCCGGUGGAGCGCCAGAGAAUGAUUGCAGAUAAGUUCCGAGCGAUCCGCACCUGUAUUCAAGGCAAGCCUUACCAGUCACAUGUCCUGCCAACAGACUUUGCCAUCGAGAACUGCUCCGACGAGGCUGAUGAAGAGGUCGUCAAGCUACGUGAGUGUAUUGAGUUAGUGGCAAGGAAAGAAUCGUACAUGGGUGAACAUAUUCCUCUGAAGUGGCUACGGUUUCAACACAGCACGGUUGAGCUCGUUAAAAAAGGCACCAACUACCUGUCCUAUGAAAAGGUGAAGCAGCUUGCGGAUGAAGUAGGUAUCUCAUCGGAUCAGGGCGUGGCUACGAUGCUUCAGUUCUACCAUGAUCUAGGAGUCCUCAUCUACAACCCUGAGCCUGGAGCCUUAGAUGCUGCUCUACAGAAUAUGAUCAUCCUAAGACCUCAGUGGCUGGUAGACGUCUUCAGGAAGAUCAUGGUUUUCAAGCAGGCUGAUACUGAGUUCGCAUCAUCUGUGAAGCGACUUCAGGAGCAAGGGAUCUUAGAGGACAAACUGGUAGUUCAUCUGUGGGCCGAGACGAUCGAGCAGAAGCCUGCCCUCCUUGGCCUGAUGGAGAAAUUUGACCUGCUGUGUCGAGACAACAAACAGAAAGGAGUGCUUUAUUACAUGCCAUCGUGUCUUAAGGAUUCCCCUAACAGGGAGGAGUUGGUGCCUGACCCUAAGAAUGCAGUCAUCUUCUACAUCACCUUUGGAGGUUUCUUACCAGUUGGUUUAUUUCAUCGUCUUGUUGUGCACGCAACGAGGUGGUCCCAGGAGCAUGGGGACCAGCCACCCAAGCUGACGUUCAGACAGACGCGAUUCUUCGUCGAUGAACAUCAUCAUUUUGUCAUUGAGAUGGCGCCAGUGCGGUUUGCAAGACUCAAGGUGACUGUGAUGAAGGCGGACCGUUCUGAGGAUAGAGGCUCCAGGAGGAUGUCAUCCAAAGCACCAGUCAGUCAGAAAGCAUGUGCUAAGGUGCGUAACUUCUUAGACUCUGCUCUCUCUGAUCUUCGAGCGGUCUGGAUGAAGAGAUUAACCCAUCGCUUCUCUGUGACCUGCCCCUGCAGCAAGCAGUGUGCAAUGCACGGCACAGAGGGCUGCGAUCGACCGAUGUGUCUGCACUUUCUGAAUCUAGACGAAUGUUUAGCCAGCAGCUUCGUCAUGUGUGAACAUCGCCAGGUCAAGACAAGCCUCUUCAGGAAGUGGUUCCCAAAGGAAAAACCAACAAUAGUGCCUUUGACAUUGAACAAUCCGAGUCGCAAAGACAAGAUAACAGAAGAGAACAUUCCAGGCUGGGUCAAGGCUGCAGCUAAGCUCUUGAACUCCGGGUGUGAAGGAGCGGACUGGCUAGCGCUGGCAACUAAACUCGGUUACAAGAAAGCCAAGAUCCAAAAGUUUCAGGACGAGCUCAACCCGGCCCUAAUCCUUAUACUGGAUUGGAUCCAGAAUAGCGGUAAUACAGCUCUAUCCCUGGAGAUGAUGAUCUCAUACCUAGAACAGAUGCAGCGUGAGGAUGUCAUUGAUGUUAUACAGAAAGGUCAAGAGUCUAAUACUCCAGCACCCGUAGUGUUCAUCAGCUACAACUGGAGUAUCCAAGAAGAGGUCUGCCUAAUGAGAGACCACCUAGAGAGGGCGGGCUUUCCCUGCUGGAUGGACAUUGGUCAGAUGGGCGGAGGAGACGCCUUGUACUCCAAGAUCUAUGAGGGAAUACGCAAUGCUAAGGCUAUCAUCGUGUGUGUCACUCCACAGUACGUCCUCUCAGAGAGCUGUAACCGUGAGGUAUGUCUCGCCGACCUCCUCAAGAAACCCAUCAUUCCGGUCAUGUUCGGCAAAGUUCCCUGGCCUCCGCCGGGGGGUCUAGCUCUCAUCCUCUCAAGGCUGAUCUAUGUGGACAUACACGGGGUCGGAGGCCACGGCGGGUCAGGUCGCAACGCCGAUAUCGAGACCAAGUACAACGAUAUCAUUAAUCAGAUCGGACCGUACGCCAAUCCCAUCAAUCCAAAGCCUAUCCUACAGACCGACCGGGUGUCGUCGGGUCAUCUGACUGUGGAAACGCCCUCGCUGAACGGCUCCCAGGAGUCACGCCCGUCAUUACCGACCCCGCCCGUCCAGCGAGACACCGAGUCGGUGCAAGGGGAGAUAAGGCAAGCACCACGGGCGGCUGUGACUAAGUGCGUGGUCUGCUCGAUUCUUUAACGUCAAGGAUGCUGGUCAUUCUGAUGUCAGUUGGAGAAGAACAUUUUUUUCUUUGAGUGCCAUGGAGCUGAUUACCUGAAAUCUUGUUUAUUUUGGUAAGCAGAGGUCAUUUGUUAAGCGGAAUUAUAGCUAGUAAUCAGCCACAUGUGGUGGUUAGUAUAGGGCCCAAUUUCACGGUUCUGCUUAUUGUAAGCACAGAAUCGGCGCUUACGGAAACAGGGAAUUCACACGUUAGGUGCGAACUUUGGCUUCUGCGCAUGUGUACUCCUCGUUACUAGGCAUUCUACGCUUACAAGGCUAGCGCAGAAAUUUGG